AUGAGAGACAAUACCGCGGGGAUGUCGCUCACCACCCAAUCCAUACAGAAUGUCAGCGCGGGCAGGACCACCAACGCGAGGAUGUACCGCACCGUCUACGUCCUCUUCAUGCACGAUUCCAGCUCCACCAACAUCGUCGAAGUCUUCGCCGACGUGCAGGACGCCAACAACGAGUGCCUCCAGCAGGCCAACUCCCACGGCAUCACACUGGCCAACAAACCGUCCACCUCGGGCCCGGACAACCACUUCUUCUGCCCCGUCGAGCCGCUGCGGUGGGACACGGCCGAGGGGGUGAGCUGCUGGGUCGAGGGUUUCGACGUGGUGCCCAAGAAGAUAGCGAGCCCAUCGCCGAACUGA